CAAUUCCUAUCAAUUCGACGGCCAGAUAGCCAGAGGCAUCGUUCUCUCUCCCUCUCUCUCCGAUGAUUUCCUCGGUGACUUCCAUGGCUUCGUUUCGUUUCCCGGGCCACCGCAUCCGCCGCAAUUCCACGGCCAUAACUUUUCUCCUACUGAUUUCUAUAUCUGCGAUGGCGGCCGAAGAUUCCGGUGCCGAGAUUCCUGGUUGUACGAAUAAGUUUCAGAUGGUCAAGGUCUUAAACUGGGUUGAUGGGGUAAAACGUGACUUUCUUACUGGCUUAACUGCUAAUUUUGGAGCACAAUUGCCUUCCCAUGCUGAAGAAAGCAUAAAGUCGCCUGCUGCUUUCACAGAUCCUUCAGACUCAUGUUUCAAUCUCUCUUCCAGGUUAAAUGGUCAUAUUGCUUUGUCUAUCCGAGGCAACUGUGCUUUCACAGCUAAGGCAAAACAUGCAGAAGCAGCUGGUGCUGCUGCUCUUGUGGUGAUAAAUGACAAAGAAGAUAUUGAUGAGAUGGGAUGUAUGGACAAGGACGUGCCUCUAAAUAUCAGCAUACCUGUCUUAAUGAUCUCUAAAUCAAGCGGGGAUGCUCUCAACAGGUCUCUGGUCGGUGGUAAGACAGUUGAGCUUUUGUUAUAUGCACCAAACCGUCCUGCCGUGGACUUCACAGCAGUAUUAUUACUGUUGAUGGCUGUUGGAACAGUUGUUAUUGCAUCAAGUUGGUCAGAGCUUACAAAUUCUGAACAGGCAAAUGGAUCUUACAGUGCAUUAUCAAAGGAAUCUUCUAGCACUGGAACUGACAAAGAUGACUUGGAGAAGGAAAUCCUUGAUAUAAGUGCUACUGGUGCUGUAUUUUUUAUUGUGACCGCCUCCAUUUUUCUGCUGCUGCUCUUCUUCUUCAUGUCAUCGUGGUUUGUAUGGGUGCUCACCAUAUUUUUCUGCAUCGGUGGUAUGCAGGGUAUGCACAAUGUCAUUAUGACACCUAUGUUAAGAAAAUGCAAACAUCUUGGUCAGAAAUCUGUCAAGCUUCCUCUGCUUGGGAGAAUUUCAGUCCUGUCACUAGUGGUCUAUUUGUUCUGUAUGUCAUUUGCUGUCUUCUGGUUUGUAAAACGGCAAACAUCAUAUUCUUGGGUUGGCCAAGACAUUCUGGGCAUCUGUUUGAUGAUCACGGCAUUGCAAGUGGUUCGAUUACCUAACAUCAAGGUUGCUACUGUACUUCUUUGCUGUGCUUUUGUCUAUGACAUCUUCUGGGUCUUCUUGUCACCAUUGAUAUUUCACCAGAGUGUCAUGAUAGUGGUUGCACAAGGUGACAGCAGCAGCGGGGAAUCCAUUCCCAUGCUACUAAGGAUUCCUCGCUUUUUCGAUCCAUGGGGUGGUUAUGACAUGAUUGGUUUUGGGGAUAUCCUUUUCCCCGGUUUGCUCAUUUGCUUUGCCUCCAGAUAUGACAAAGUUAAAAAGAAGGUACUAUCAAAGGGGUACUUCCUGUGGUUGACAGUAGGCUAUGCCAUAGGACUGUUACUGACAUAUCUGGGGUUAUAUCUCAUGAACGGGCAUGGUCAACCGGCGUUACUAUACAUCGUACCCUGCACACUCGGUCUUGCUGUCAUUCUCGGAUUGGUGAGAGGAGAACUCAAAGAACUAUGGAAUUAUGGUACAGAAGAAGAAUCAUACGCGUCGGAAGAUCCUCGAGUCGACGAGGCGUGAGUGAUCACUCGAAUAAAAAAAAAGGUUUAAUAGCCGACGAUGAUCGGAGGUAGUGAAACUCGACAUAUUAUUACAUCUAGCCUCGUCUCUCUCGUCUUGUAUUGUACCGAACCGAAUUCGAACCGAACCCCCGAGGUUUGGACAAAUGAAGAACUGAAGUUUCAUCUCGCUUUUUUUUUUUCCUUUUGUGGGGGAAUAACUUUGUGACGUACACUUAGUAUUUUCUCAAUACCAGACAAUGCCGGUGUUUGUACAUAUUCAAACGACAA